GGCAAUCAUCGAGCAGAGGAGGAAACUUGGCAACGCAGGCACAAAGCUAUCGCCCCUCACGCACUGUCAGGCUCUGAAUGUAACAGCUUUGUUGACAUGCAGUUCCGUGUUCAUAUAGGCUGUGGACCCUUACCUCUUAGCUUAUCCACAGACGCUUUGAUACGUUCAUAAUGGAGCUUUUUAACGAACUCAGUCGGCCUCGCAGCGAGACUUUGUCUUCGUCGUAAACAUAAUCGGCUAAUCUGAGCUACCUGUCGUUAGCCUAAGCUAGCUCGGUGAAACAUGGCGAUUGUGUCUGGCUCUUGUGCCAGGGUGAACGGCUCCAGAAACGGGCCCUCGGUGCCCGCUACGCCCUCUGGAACCAUCGGGCAGGCUCAGCCCAUGAUAGCGGUGUGGGAAUGGCAGGAUGACCAGGGCUUUUGGCGACCCUACAGCGGGCAGGUGAGCGCCUACAUCGAGCGCUGCCUGUCACCGCGCGGCCACCGAGGAGGACCCGGCUCCACGAGCAUCUGCCUCGGACAGUCAGACCCCAGCCUGUCCCCUUACCUCAUCGACAUACCGAGCUUAAAGCAGUUUCGGCAGGACACCGGUAAGACCAGGUCUGUGCGCAGGUCUCUGUUUGCCCAGUCUUCAGGGCUGGGCAGUGGCGUUUACUGGGAAUGGGCCAACGAUGAGGGAGGUUGGACUCCCUACGAGACUCGAACCUCCAUCCUUUUGGAGCACAGUUAUCAGGCCCGCCAAGGCACAGCGGACUUGAGCCCACAUGGAUACAAUUACAUAGUGGACCUCACAUCGCUGGCACAGGUGAACAAAUCCACCGGCUUCAGGCGGCAGGUGCGGCGCCAGUGCAACCUGCCUUACCCGCUGGCUUCCUCCGGACCUCCGGCCAUCCCUUCGGGCGCCGCCUGCUCCUGCCAGCAGUGUCUGAGCCACAGCAGCACGGGACCCAUGCCCAGCCGCUCACGGCAUUCCUUCUCCUCAGGGAGCCUGAACCGACCCAGCCUCCAGGGAACAGGAAGGGCUGCGGCUGCUUAUCCCGCCUCUGUGUACUCGCCCUACCCCAGGAGACCCCUCUCCGUUGGGGGGAUGUCCUGGGGCAGCCCCUGGCCUCCACCAGCCUCUGGUAGUCAAAUGUCUGCACCACAUCUGACCAGUUCUACAAGUGCCAACGGUUUAAGUGUUCCUUCCAUCUCUGUCCAGCUGAACGGCUCCACCAGCGUGAGCUCGGCCCUGGCAGGCAUGGCCUCCAUUUUGAUGUCAGCAGUGGGACUCGGCGUGCACUUCACCUCCGCCCCCCCCUCACAGCAGCAGCCCCAGCAGCAGCAGCAUCAGCAGCCCGCUCCUUUCUCUCUUCCUCCUGCUCCUCCUCCUCCUCUCCUCCCCCCAGCCAGCAAGCCCAGCAAGCCCCCCAGCAGCAGCAGCAGCAGCAGCAGCAGUUCAGUUAGGAGAGCAAAGAGGCAGCACAGGAGAGUUUCCUCCCAGAGGCCGGAGGAGGUGAUCCAGCGCUACAUGGAGGUGGUGGCUGCGGUGCCAGACGGGGACUGCAUCAUCUGCAUGGACCAGCUGUCCAACCCCUCCGGCUACGAGACGCCGGCCCCUGAAGACGGGGGCCCCAGCGUCCUGCCGGACGCCGUGGGCAGGUUCAUCAAAUGUGGCCACACCCUCCAUGUCCUCUGCAUGCUGGCUAUGUACAACAACGGAACCAAGGACGGCAGCCUGCAGUGCCCCUCCUGUAAGACCAUCUAUGGGGAGAAGACGGGCACCCAGCCCAAAGGCAAGAUGGAGAUUUACAGCGUGGCCCAGUCCCUUCCUGGACACCCGGACUGUGGAACCAUCCAGAUCAUCUACAGCAUUCCUCCUGGAAUCCAGGUGCUGGAGCUGCUGAAGGUGGCGUGGAUGCGGCGGCUGAUCUUCACGGUGGGGACGUCCAGCACCACGGGGGAGCCGGACACGGUGGUGUGGAACGGCAUCCACCACAAGACGGAGAUGAUGUCCAACCUGUCGGGCCACGGAUACCCGGACCCCAACUACCUGGACAACGUCCUGUCUGAGCUGGCCUCUCAGGGCGUGGCCGAGGACAGCCUGAAGGCCGCCGCCGCCGGGGGCAGCGGCUAG